AUGGCCUUCCAGAGCAGGAAAUUUCCCCUCGUGAGCUUCUCUUGGGGCGGCGAUCCGAGAAAAGAAUUGCUGGAGGUGGAGGAUGGGGCGAAGCCGACCGAGGCAAGGCCGAGUGCGCCCAGCCGCACCACCUCGCCGCCGACAACGACGGAUAAGGCCCCCGCGCCUUCCCGCCUCCUCGAUCCCCGCCUCCACUCACCUCGCUCCUCUGUCGCCCCACUCCCCUCUGGGCUCUCCCCAGAUCCCCUUUCCCUCCACCUCCACGACGCGCUCGUCGCCGACCACUUCACCCCGCCGCGACCACCGCCGUCCCCGCACCUCGUUGACACGUCUACGAGGUCCACCGUCGCCCUCUCCAUCGGUUGGUGCCGCGCGUUGGAGCUCCUCAGCUCUGCAUCGCGAGAUCGCCGUUGUCUUCUUCCUCUUCGAUCGCCGGCGUCGUCGUCGAUUCCGACGAAGCCUGCAACUCCUAAGCCUCCCACCGGCCUCUGUGUGCCUCUGUGUUUCUUCCCCCUCUUCUCUCCGGUAGACCCCGAGACCGCUGAUGAUGCCAUUGUGAUCAACUACGUCGACGACGAUCCUUCUCCCCUUUCAGCAGAGCUUCCAGGCAACGAACAAUUGCCUACCCACUUGAAGCUUCUUAUUGCACCUUCUUAUCUUGCUCUCAAUGACUUUCUUGAAAUUCAACUCGAGAGAUAG